GUGCGGAUCGGCAGUCGCAGAUCGCCAGGUGGACCAGCAACAGUCUACCGUCUUUUAUCUGAACUUAGAACGAAACCGUUUUUUCUUAUCACCGCCAGCCAUCAUUUUCAGCGUUCAAAAUGAACCAGCCAGUCAGCUGCUUGCCCGUGACAGCUAACAAAAUGUCAAAGGCAAAGAAGGUGUUGGACGAGGCUCGCGAGAGCAAAAAUCGCGAAAUCGACCUGGUGGAUCGCGGAAUUUCCACCUUCGACGAGCUACCCGGACUGCUGAGUUUUGUGUUUGUGACGAGGAUAACCUUGAGCCACAACAAACUAAAAAGUGUUCCACCGGGCAUAGCCAACCUGAUCAACUUGGAAAUAUUGAAUCUGUCCAACAACCACAUCGAUGAUCUGCCGCUGUCGCUGUCCUCGAUGCCCAAGCUGAGAAUUUUGAACUGCUCUAUCAACCGCCUGGACACGCUGCCACGCGGAUUCGGUGCGUUUCCGGUGCUCGAGGUGCUGGACCUAUCGUACAACAAUCUGAACGAGAAGGCACUGCCCGGCAACUUCUUCAUGAUGGAUUCGCUGCGGGCCCUCUACCUAGGAGACAACGAAUUCGAGUACUUACCACCGGAAAUUAAGAACCUCAAAAACCUUCAGAUCCUUGGUCUCCGGGAUAACGAUUUGCUUGAGCUGCCGCGGGAAAUUGGUGAGCUGACGCGCAUCCGAGAGCUGCACAUUCAGAAUAACCGGUUGGCCGUGUUGCCGCCCGAGGUCGCCAAUCUGGAUAUGCCGGGACCAAAGUCGGUGCUGAAGAUGGAGGAAAACCCCUGGGUAACACCGAUAGCUGAGCAGUAUCUCGUCGGUAUCAGUCACGUGCUGGAGUAUAUCAAAACCGAGGCCUACAGGAUCCUCUACAACCGGCAUGCAUCGAACAGCAAAUCGGCCGGAAAUGUGCCGCCCAAGUCGGACAAAUCGAAAAAAGCAUCUCGUGCCCGAUCGUAAAGAGAAACUUAUCGUUUUCAGUGUCAAAUUCGCAAGCUGUCCCUCCGGGUCUCGGAGGUAUGCAGAUGCAAAAGCGUCUCAAGCAAAAUGUGCAACCGUUUGUACGGUGUCGUCGGAAUGCAGAUUACGAGAGAACGCUUCAGUUUGAGAAAGAUUUUAUGUUUAAACUUAACUCUACUAAACACGUUCGAGCCAUGCCUCUCGAUGGUGCAACCUUUACGGAGGUGCCGUCUCGUGGUGCAGAUUGGCACAUAGUUGUAAACUAAUUUUAAUUAACUUUGUUGUUGCCAGCAGUUUCGGAAUAGUAUUAACUGGCUGCCCGAGGGAUUGCACCACUUGUCAGUUGCAUCUUUCCGAGCCGAUUUUAGUAGUGCCUUACCGAUUGCUAACACUACGCAAAGCGUUGCAAACUGGCAAAGGAAUGCCAUUAAAAUGAUAAUAAAAUGGAUGUGUCUGA